AUGGAAUCCCAAUUUAGCACUGAACAACCAACCUGUACUGACUGUAAUCAACCUCGCCCACUUGAAUAUUUUUUGAAAAAUGACAAAAUUAAUAAAACAUGUUCAACUUGCAGAGAUAGAAGAAACAGACAGAAUGCACAAAAACGUGCAGUUGCGGAUACACUGGCAGAUGCAAGUAUCGUUCACAUUACGAUAGAAGACUUUUUCAAAACUCUGAAAACUAUGAAAGAUCGAACUAUAGAAAACUUCAAGCAAAUUAUCGAUAUUAGUAGAUAUGCAACUCCAAUUAAUCCAAAAGAAAUUGCAUCACAUAUUUCGGAUAACAUCCUUACGGCUAUAAAUUUUAAAUUCAAAUAUCAUUGUGCCCAAUUGCUUGACCGGCAAAAAAAAUCCAAAAAACAUGAAGAUCCUACAAAGCAUAGAGAUCGUUUACCGAUACAACAGUUCCAUUGCAGGGGCUGGUUAAUGCUCACUGUUGAUAUAGAAAAAUUGCAAGUUACAACUGAAUUAACUCAUGAAUAUCAUGCUGAAUACAUUGAUUCAGCAAUUAAAAUUAUUGAACAAUAUGAUGAUAUUGAAAUACUGCUAACUGUUGAAGAUAGCGGAGUUACCAUGAUUAGCUUUGGAGUCAUGGAUAUUAUUAACCAACUAGGAGUAAAUGUAGUUAAAAUUGGCAUAGAUGCGACGUUUAAACGUUACAGAUCUCCGUCGUUCUGGAGACAUAAGAAUCUGAUUCCAUUAGUACAAGGUUUAGAACCAGUAGAGGAGAAUGAAACUUAUGAGCUAGAAGAAGAAAUUGAUAUAGAUAUGUUAGUUGAAAAUGAAGAAUCCAACGAAGCUGACGAAGAUCUUGUUGAACAAUUAAAUAAUGAGACUUAUGACGAACUUGUAGAUGCGCUUGAAGAAUAUGAAGGUGAGAAUGAUGAUUUUUUUGAGGAAGUUGACGAAUCAUGGGAAGAAGUUAACAAUCGUGUCACACAAAAGCUUCAACAAUAG